UGGCUUUCUGGUUUGAAAAACGACACACAUGACACACCGCAAAAAGCUGUGGCCUUUUGGUCUAUUCCUUUUUCCAGGUGAGGGCAUUGUCGGAACAAAAGAAAACUCCGACGGAUACACGAAGACGAAAGAAACACGAUUUUGUUGUUCCAACGCCCAACUGUGAUUGUCUUUCAAUCAGUCUCUAGACUCCUCCCUAUAAAACAUCAGGGGUCCUUUUAUCAAAAAAGAAAAUAACAGGGGUCUCUCUCUCUCUCUCUCUCUCUCUGCCCUGGCUGUAAUGAGAGAGCUUGGUUUCCUCAUCGUUUCAUUUCUCCUUCUCGGAGCUCUGCAAAUAAACUCCGUUGAUGGCGGAGGCUUCGCUGGAGACUACUCGAAGCUUUCGGGGAUUAUUAUCCCCGGUUUCGCUUCGACUCAGCUCCGAGCGUGGUCAAUCCUUGACUGUCCUUACUCUCCUCUCGAUUUCAAUCCCCUCGAUUCGGUCUGGCUCGACACUACCAAAGUGCCGAUGAUAUGGAUGAUCUUAGGUAUUUCAUGUUACCUGCAGCUUUUAUCUGCAGUGAAUUGUUGGCUUAAGUGCAUGUUGCUAGACCCUUACAACCAAACAGAUCACCCUGAAUGCAAAUCACGUCCUGAUAGUGGUCUUUCUGCAAUAACAGAACUUGAUCCUGGUUAUAUAACAGGUCCUCUUUCUUCAGUGUGGAAAGAAUGGGUUAAAUGGUGUAUUGAAUUUGGAAUUGAAGCAAAUGCAAUCAUUGCUGUACCUUAUGAUUGGAGGCUGUCACCUUCAAUGCUCGAGGAACGAGAUCUAUACUUUCACAAGCUGAAGCUGACCUUUGAAACUGCCCUUAAACUUCAUGGAGGUCCCUCAUUAGUUUUUGCCCAUUCAUUGGGAAACAAUGUUUUUCGCUACUUUUUGGAAUGGUUAAAGCUGGAAAUUGCACCUAGAAAGUAUAUGCAAUGGCUUGAUGAACAUAUACAUGCCUAUUUUGCAGUUGGAGCUCCUCUUCUUGGUGCAACUGAGACAGUCAAAGCAACACUUUCUGGCAAUACAUUUGGCCUUCCAGUUUCUGAGGGAACAGCAAGAUUGAUGUUCAAUUCAUUUGGUUCCUCGCUAUGGAUGAUGCCAUUCUCAAAGUAUUGUACAUCAAACCACAUACAUUGGAAACAUUUCUUUGAGGGCAGAAAGAAGAGGCAUCAAAUCUGUCACUGUGAUGAAAUGGAGUUUAAGUUAAAUUACUCUGGAUGGCCAACAAAUAUUAUAAAUAUUGAAAUUCCUUCACCACAAGGCAUUAAAGCCUAUCCUUCAAUUUCAGAUAUAUCACAACCCCAGGUUGAUCUGUCUAGCAUGGAAUGUAGACUCCCUACUCCAUUGUCCUUCUCUGCUAGAGAAAUAUCAGAUGGAACCUUUUUCAAAGCAAUAGAGGAUUAUGAUCCAGAUAGCAAAAGGCUGUUGUACCAAUUAGAAGAGUUGUAUCAUAAUGAUCCAGUUUUGAAUCCACUCACACCUUGGGAUAGGCCUCCCCUAAAGAACAUCUUUUGUAUAUAUGGAGUAGAUUCAAAAACUGAGGUUGGUUACUACUUUGCACCAAGUGGAAAACCGUAUCCUGAUAACUGGAUCAUGACUGAUGUUAUUUACGAGAUUGAAGGAACUCUGAUCUCAAGGUCCGGGAAUCUGGUUGAUGGAAAUCCAGGGUUUGCAAGUGGUGAUGAGACGGUACCUUACCAUUCCCUCUCAUGGUGCAAGACUUGGCUUGGGUCUAAAGUUAACAUAACAAGGGCUCCUCAGUCACAGCAUGACGGAUCUGAUGUGCAAAUGGAACUCAAUGUGGAGCACCAUCAUGAUGCAGAUAUAGUUCCAAAUAUGACAAGGGCCCCUCGGGUUAAGUAUAUAACCUAUUAUGAAGAUUCUGAAAGUAUACCUGGAAAGAGGACAGCAGUUUGGGAGGUUGAUAAAGCAAACCAUAGGAAUAUUGUUCGGUCUCCAGUUUUAAUGCGAGAGCUGUGGCUUGAGAUGUGGCAUGAUAUUCAUCCUGAUGGUAAAUCAAAAUUUGUAAGAAAAGAUAAGAGAGGACCCUUAAGGAAUGAAGACUGUUAUUGGGAUUAUGGGAAAGCUCGAUGUGCCUGGCCUGAGCACUGUGAAUACAGGUAUGUUUUUGGUGAUGUUCACCUUGGACAGAGCUGCAGGUUAAGGAAUUCUUCAGCUGACCAGCUCUUACGUUAUCUGUAGAUUAUAAGUUGAAUCUUUCUUAUCUAUUCAUUCAUAUCAGAUAUGGUGCUUCGUAACAAUUAACAAAGAGCCCUAAACAGAUAGCAGAGCCUAUUUACAUCAGAAACCUGGGCUCUUCAGAUUUUGUAGCAUUAGUUUCCUGACCACAAGAAGCUAAUUCUAUGUAACAUUAUGCUCUCUAGUGGAUCGCGGCAACCAUGUCCCUUCACAAUGCCAAUUUUGAUUAAUCAUUCAAUUUCUGCUAAAUGGUAGAGUACAGUCAACCAUUAUUGAUUGCACAUGUUGAAGAAAGAGGACUGAUGUUGUUAUUGUGGCAUUACUGUAACAGGUAAUUACAUCCUUAAUUUAGAAUGUCUCAAGGAUGUACAUAGAGAUGAAAUUUGAGUUAGUACCGGCAAAUGGUUAGAGAUAAAGCCCACAAUGUUCCUUCUCAAAAAUAAAAAAUAAAAACCACAAUGUUAUCAUGCUGAAACGAUGAUUAGUCCUAUUUUGAGCUCCAAUGAAAAGAUUUAACUA